UGCCAGUCGGAGAGCAAGCAAAUCCCUCGCUAAUCGGGCAGGCCAUGUGGAAUGGUGCAGAUCGGGGAGCAGGGACAAUAAAACACCUGACAUCACGGUUCCAGAGGGUUCAGCCGGGGCAAGGCCUGCUGCCGGACAGGGUAUAAAACCCCGGCUCUCGCCUGGCGGGACCAGCACCGCUGCCCAGCGUCUCCUCUUGGACCGAUCCAGAUGGAUAUCACCGUUCACCAUCCUCUCUUCCGCAGGCCCCUUGUGUCCGCCCUGUCGCCCAACCGCCUCUUCAGCCAGGCCUUCGGAGAACACCUCGUGGAAGCUGAGCUUUUCCCCAGCACCUCGGCGCUCAGCUCUUUCCUCUUGAGACCCUCCCUCUUAAGGCUCCCCACCUGGCUAGAGAGCAGAUUCUCAGAGAUGCGACUGGAUAAGGACAAAUUCUCUGUAAAUGUGGACGUGAAGCAUUUCUCUCCCGAGGAGUUAAAAGUCAAGGUUCUUGGAGAUAUGAUCGAAGUCCAUGGGAAACACGAGGAACGACAGGAUGAACAAGGCUUCGUAGCCAGAGAGUUCAACAGGAAAUACAAGAUCCCAGGUGAUGUGGAUCCCCUCUCCAUCACUUCCUCCCUCUCUUCUGAUGGUGUCCUGACGGUGAAUGGACCAAGAAAACCAACGGAGAUGCCGGAGCGCACCAUCGCCAUCACCCGGGAGGAAAAACCUGCCCUAGCGGGCGGACAAAGGAAGUAAACAGCUCAUUGAGACCCACUCUUUUAUAUCCAAGAAAGCCUUUCUGUCUGUACGCAGCAAGCAGUCCCACCGACCGGCUGCUCUUAUUUAUUUGUGCUAAGAUCCGCAGAUGAGCUUG